AUGCAAAAUUCACUAGACUACGGUCCCCGCGAUCUCAUUGGCUAUGGCGAGACUACGCCAGACCCAUGCUGGCCCAAGGGAGCCAAGAUCGCGCUUUCGUUUGUGCUAAACUAUGAAGAAGGCAGCGAAGUGUGUCCUGAGAACGGCGACGCAGUCACCGAGGUGCUGGCCACAGAACUUGGUCCUGGCGUGCAGCCUUCCGUGGGUGGAGUCCGCGACGUGAACAUAGAGUCGCUGUAUGAGUACGGCAGUCGUUGUGGAGUGUGGCGCGUUCUCAGACUCUUUGAAGAGCACGGCACGAAGCUGACUAUUUUCGCUGUUGGACAGGCACUGGAGAAAAAUCCGCAGGUUGGGAAGGCUUUUGUUCGUGGCGGCCACGAAGUCGCGUCUCACGGCUGGAGGUGGGUCGACCGUUCUGGAUGGACUGCGGACGAGGAAAAGGAGAACGUCAAGCGGUGCAUCCAAGCAAUAGAAAAAACUACUGGGCGGCCUCCACGGGGCUGGUAUUACGGGAUGAUCCACAGCAAAGCGGCAGAGAGGUCUCGUAGCAUAUUGGCGCAGACGUUUGCGGAGCUAGGACUACCGCUUCUUUGGUACGGUGAUGCGUACAACGAUGACCUGCCAUACUGGCUGCCAUAUCCCGGCGGGCCCAAGCAAAACGGGCUUUUGAUUAUUCCCUACACCAUGGACACGAACGACUACAAAAAUGCAGGCUACCAGGCCUAUAUCACCGGAAAUCAGUUUUUUGAGUACCUGCGCGACUCUUUUGACGAGCUCUACCGCGAGGGCGAGCACAGAAGCCCCAAAAUGCUGAGCAUUGGCCUGCACGCCCGAAUUAUGGGCCGUCCAGGAAGAAUAGCUGGGCUGCGCAAAUUUCUAGAGUAUAUAUCAGACAAGCAGGUGUGGGUGGCCACGCGCGAGGAAAUUGCGCUCCAUUGGCGCAAACAGUUUCCCUACGUGUAG